ACGUACUAUUUACGUUAAAUAUCUAUAAAAUUGAGAAAUAAACUCAAUGAUAUCUAUUGAGCGUCCAUUUGGUAUUUAUCUUUGGUCUAUAUUUUCAAAGAUAUGGGAAAAAAGUCUUGGAUAUCCAGUUGAAAGAUUUGAGUUUGUUGCGGGAGAAACCUAUCUUUCAAAAUGGAUACAUGUUAUUGGGAUAAUUUUGGUAUAUUAUGUGGUAAUUCUUGUUGGAAAAUGGGUUAUGAGUUUUUUUUCGGCGAUAAAAUUGAAUAUGUUAUGGAAAAUCCAUAAUUUAUUUUUGAGUGUUAUAUCAGGGUUUUUUUUUCUUCUUCUUUUUGAGCAAAUGUUUCCUAUUAUAUGGAAACAUGGGGUAUAUUAUUCAAUAUGUAAUCCGAAAUCCUGGACGCAACGAGUUGUAACGAUUUAUUAUAUCAAUUAUUUGAUUAAGUAUAUUGAAUUACUAGAUACAGUAUUUUUGUUUUUAAACAAAAAGCCAUUGCAAUUUCUUCAUUGUUAUCAUCAUGGGGCUACAGUUUUUUUAUGUUUUACUCAAUUGAUUGGUCAAACUCCAGUAUCAUAUGUUCCAAUCUUUUUAAAUUUAGGUGUUCAUAUAGUAAUGUAUUAUUAUUAUUUUCUUUGUGCUUGUGGUAUUAAACUGUGGUGGAAGAAAUGGGUAACUCGUAUUCAAAUAAUUCAAUUUAUUUUUGAUCUAUUUUUUGUUUAUUUUGCAACAUAUACAUAUUUUGCAUAUACUUAUCUUCCUUUUUUGCCAAACUUUGGAGAUUGUGCUGGAAAAGAAUUUGCCGCUUUAAUUGGGUGCUUUUUAUUAUCAUCUUAUCUUUUUUUGUUUAUUGGUUUUUAUCUAGCAACUUACAAAUCUAAAGAAGGAAGAACAAUUCAUAAAGAUAUAAAUAAAAAUAUUCAAAAUUCUAAACUUAAUGAUAUUAACUUUAAGGAUUUAAGUAAUAAGGUUGCAAAUUCUACUGGUAUAAAUAGUAUAGGAAUGACAACACGCUCCAGAAGAAUUUAAAUAUAUCUAUUUAAAUAAAAUUUCAAAUAUUUAUAUAAUAUAAAUA